AUGCUCUUCGUUUCAGACCGAUACGGCCUCCAUUCAGAGCGACCCCAGGGACUUCGACCGUGCUUUCUUCCUCGCCCGGCCGCAGACGACCGCGUUGAUCUUAGGGUUUGGGUAUUAACCAGUUCUUCCAACUUCGCCUCUUCCCUUCCAUUCUUAUGCUUCUGCCAUCAUACAACUGCCUUCAGUCGUCGUCUACGGCCUUCGCCUGCGGGACAUGAGAGUUUCCGGCUGAUCAAUGGACCCCAUUUCAAUUUGUCGAAUUACAGUGCCAUCCGUCCUCAGCUCAGGCGUUACACCAUAACGGUUUUCUCUAUUAAAAACCAGUUUUACUCAUACAUCGCUCGGUUGCCCUGCCCAAGCAGAUUCCGAUCGCUGACCUAUCCUUUGGACCAACAAAAUGUAAAACAUCACCGUUCGGCUGCUGAGAAUGUGGGAAGCGAGAAACUUCAAAAGGACGGAGAGCUCAUGAGCCUGGACAUGCUCUUUGUCGAUCACGAGAAUACCAUGAUACAAGGUUCGAUCCACCAUCGGAGGAUACCUCAAUUCAGAGCGUCCCUUGAAGAGGGUCGAAUCUACACCAUCCACAACUUUGAUGUCGUUCCAGCUUACCACCGUUUUAAAAUCACAACCAACACAAAAUCUAUAAGGUUCACAUAUACUACUACUCUCCAAACCGAUGAAAAGAAUGCCAGCCUCAAUUACUAA